AUGGACAAUCAAACUACACAAAGACUCAACGACCUUUCGUUAGAGCCCGCUCCUUCGCACGAUGAAGUGGAUGGGUCGGGACUGGUAAUGGACAUCGAUCAAAGAAAACUUGAUGAAGUACAGGCUAGUGCCGUAAUGGAUGACGAGUCUCCCUCCUUGGAGCAGCAGAAUUCGAACGAAAGUUUGGUUGCUGACUCUCGGAAUGCUAAUUUUUCGUACCACGAGAACCAGCAGUUACUGGAGAAUGGCACUAAACAGUGGGCCCUCGAUGAGCAUGAUUCUCACUCUGCCAUCUUGGAACAACCGUCGCAUUCGACGAACUGUAGCUCUUCCAAUAUAGCAGCGAUGAAUCAUGGCCAUGAUUCCACAUGCCAUGCAUCACAAGGUACUGGAGGUAAGCCGAGGACCUUGUCUGCUAGUGCUCAGCACAUCUUGCCGGAAACGCUAAAGUCGGUUGCUGGCACUCCAACAGUGAAUAAGCAAACGUAUAACUCGGCUUCGUACAAAAUGGGAAUGCUGACUGAUGACGCCUCGCAGCAGUUUCUUGAUGAUCCCUCUUCGGAACUAAUUGACUUGUAUUCCAAAGUGGCACAGUGUAGAGAGUUGAGAGCCAAGUACCAGACACUAUCUGUGCAAAACGACCACCAAAACCCGAAAAACAAGCCUGGCUGGGUAGUCUACCCACCGCCACCCAAGCCGUCAUAUAAUUCAGACACCAAGACCGUGGUUCCCGUGACAAAUAAGCCCGAUGCGGAAGUUUUUGAUUUCUCUCAGUGUGAGAUCCAGGGCGAAGAUCCAGACUGGGACUUUACUAUUAAUACUGAUGACUCGUACGUAGUUCAUAAGACAGGUAAUACGGAGGAGUUGAUUGCUCAAAUCCCCACCCUGCGUGACUACUAUUUAGAUUUGGAAAAAAUGAUCUCCAUCUCAUCUGACGGACCUGCUAAAUCUUUUGCUUAUAGAAGACUACAAUACUUGGAGGCACGCUGGAAUCUAUACUACCUUUUGAACGAGUAUCAGGAAACUAGCGUCUCCAAAAGAAACCCACACAGGGAUUUUUAUAAUGUUAGAAAAGUGGACACUCACGUUCACCAUUCUGCCUGCAUGAAUCAAAAGCAUUUAUUACGUUUUAUCAAACACAAAUUGAGGCAUUCUAAAGAUGAAAAAGUUAUCUUCAGGGAUGAAAAACUCCUAACUUUAGACGAAGUGUUCCGUUCUUUGCAUUUGACUGGUUAUGACUUAUCCAUCGACACUUUGGAUAUGCAUGCACAUAAGGAUACAUUCCAUAGAUUUGAUAAGUUCAACUUGAAGUAUAAUCCGAUCGGUGAAUCGCGUCUAAGAGAAAUUUUUUUGAAAACAAACAACUACAUUAAGGGUACGUACUUGGCUGACAUCACUAAACAAGUCAUAUUUGAUUUAGAGAACUCUAAAUACCAAAACUGCGAAUAUAGAAUUUCCGUUUAUGGUAGGUCUCUUGAUGAAUGGGAUAAAUUAGCUAGUUGGGUCAUCGACAAUAAAGUCAUUUCUCAUAAUGUUCGUUGGUUAAUUCAGAUUCCAAGAUUAUACGACAUCUAUAAAAAAACGGGCAUCGUGCAAAACUUCCAAGAUAUUUGUAAGAAUUUGUUUCAACCGUUAUUUGAAGUAACCAAAAAUCCUCAAUCUCAUCCGAAAUUACACGUUUUCUUAGAAAGAGUAAUUGGGUUUGAUUCUGUGGAUGAUGAAUCUAAAGUCGACCGUCGUUUUCAUAGGAAAUACCCCAAGCCAUCGCUUUGGGAAGCUCCGCAAAAUCCUCCUUAUUCCUACUAUCUAUAUUAUCUGUAUUCGAAUGUUGCGUCUUUGAAUCAAUGGAGAGCUAAAAGAGGAUUCAACACCUUGGUUUUAAGACCGCAUUGUGGUGAAGCCGGUGAUCCUGAACAUUUGGUCUCGGCAUAUCUAUUGGCUCAUGGUAUAUCACAUGGUAUCUUACUAAGGAAAGUUCCAUUUGUUCAAUACUUGUACUAUUUAGAUCAGGUUGGUAUUGCGAUGUCACCACUAUCCAAUAAUGCAUUGUUUUUGACCUAUGACAAAAACCCAUUCCCAAGAUACUUCAAGAGAGGAUUGAACGUAUCUUUAUCCACUGAUGAUCCGUUGCAAUUUUCUUACACCAGAGAACCGCUGAUCGAAGAGUAUUCAGUUGCAGCACAGAUAUAUAAACUGUCUAAUGUGGAUAUGUGUGAGUUGGCAAGAAAUUCCGUGCUGCAAAGUGGAUGGGAAGCACAAAUCAAAAGACAUUGGAUAGGCAAAGACUUUGACAAUAGUGGCGUUGAAGGCAACGAUGUUGUUAGAACAAAUGUUCCUGAUAUCAGAAUCAACUAUCGAUACGAUACACUAUCAACCGAACUGGAAUUGGUCAACCAUUUUGCCAAUUUUAUGAAAACCAUUGAAGAAAGGUAA